GAUCUUCGUGCUGAUCUAAGUUCAAUCAACAGAAAACGAUAACAAAAAUCCCCUACGCUUUUAGUCAUCAGCAGAAUUUUUGCACGAUUAUCACUGAGUCAUGUACGCUCUUCCUAUGUCUCCUCCUUCAACGCCUUCGUCGCCGUCUAAAGAGAUGGAAGAGGACACGAAUUCUGUGCAUUCGGAUGGUGAAGGUUGUCAAAGCGAAACGAGCGAAAAUGUCGACUUGGAUGCAGUUCAGUCUCUCCUUGCAAUGAGUCAAUGGUCGCCUCAUCUUCCAGAAAGGAAUACUCCUAGUCCUGACUCUGGGCUGUCUUCUAUAAGCAGAAAUUCGUCAAGCGCUUCGCUAAGCAGCGCGACUUCCGUUGAGGACGAACCAGAAAAGCAUGAAAACAACGGAGUUAAAGAAACAGCCGAUUUUGGAAUUCCUCGUGGCAACUCUGGACUUUGCUCUCCAACUUCGGGAAAUGUUACUUUAGGCGCGAUUUCUACUACAGCCGCACCUUCUGCAACAAUGUCUACCUUGCCUUUAAAAGUUUUCCCAAACGGAGUAAAUAUGAAUCAAGUUCUUCUGGCAAACGGCGGACCGAAUCUACCAGCUGGUGCUGUAGUUGUACUUUGCCCCGUAGCAGCCACAAACGGAACUGCCGCAGGAGUCAGCAACAUUUCACAGUUACAGCAGAGAAAUUUUGUUGUCACUCAAGCAGGACUUCUUCCCCAAUUUCAAGGACAGAAUCAACAAGAAACCGAGAGUGGAAAAAAUCAGCCCAGUCGCCGAAGGAAUCACGUUUGCUCGUUUGAAAACUGUGGUAAAACUUACUUCAAAAGUUCCCACUUGAAAGCCCAUAUGAGGACGCAUACAGGCGAGAAACCUUUUCCUUGCACAUGGGAAAACUGUGACAGGCGGUUUGCAAGAUCUGAUGAACUAGCUAGACACAGACGGACUCAUACUGGAGAAAAGCGUUUUGCUUGUCCCCUUUGUGGAAGGCGUUUCAUGAGGUCUGAUCAUUUAACAAAACACGCAAGAAGACACAUGACAGCCAAGAAAGUUCCAGGGUGGCAGUUGGAAAUGAAUAAACUGAACCAGGUUGCCACUAUGCAGCAGCCAGCAUCUAAUGGCACACAGCAGCCUAUGCAAAUUACAAGUAACUCUUUACCAAGUAUGGUAUUGCCAGUGUCAACUGUGAGCACAGCAACAUUACCCACUGGUACACAAUCAGUACAUUCAUGAUUAUGUAACAGUCAGAGAGAGAAAGAGGUGGGUCCUCUGUGGGCUGCGCUAUAAGCCAAGAGAAAACUACAAUGGUGGAUGUCAAGUCAAGCUUGGAUAGGAAAAUAAGUGAAGAACUGCCUCAUAUAAAUAUGAUAAACAUUUGUACAAAUUGAUGCUACAAUGAUCAAUCUUUUUAAGAACAACUUGGUCACACCGAAGACAGGCAUAAAUUUUUAACCAAGCAGAGGGAAUUUCUUCCCAAAUUUAAGUUAUGGUUGUUGUAUUAAUUGUAGUCUGGUUGGCCUCCCAUGCAGGAUCAUGGCAACUGUGUUGUGUUUUCAUGUUGAUUUCAUUUUGUGUUUGUCAGAAAUGGAUUAACAAAAAUGGAACUUGUCCAUUUACGUUAAGGGUCUUUGAAGAUUUGUUGGCUAGCAUGGCUGGUGUUGCUACAUUAGAAGAGUUUAAUAUAUUUGCUGUAAAUAAGAAAACCAAUUUAUUUUGUUCUGCAUGUUGAGUUUUCUGUGCAGACUGCCCAUAUUGGUGCCAGUGAAGUUAAGAAAUAAGUGUAAAAUCAGCUAAUUAAAAAAAUUAUCAAUUUUAAAAAGUUAAGUUGCUGAAGGUUGUGCUUGAAUUGUAGGUUUAAAUUUGUAACUUUGAAAAAUAUUAUGUAAGAUGUGUUCAUAAUUUCAUACUUAGUAUUUAUUUUAGGUUAAGGAAAACCAAACUGAUUCAAAACUUUUCCAAAAAAAUUGGACUGAAAUCUUGUGUACCUGUUACUUUUAACUUUUCAGGAAUUUCGUACGUAUAAUUUAUUUCGGUUCCUUUUCGUUGCAGUGAAAUAUACAUUACUAUACAUAGGUACGUGUAAAAAAAAAAUAUGAAAAUUUAAGUUAUGCUUUUUUUAACACUCUUACGCCGAUACAAGUUGUAAAUAA